AUGCUGGAGACCGCCGCCUCCGCCUCCUCCCCCCGCGCGGCGGCGGCGGCGGCGGUCGUUUCCUCCCCGCGGCGGGGUGGAGCCGCCGCGCACCACCACCGGCGGUGGAGCCCGCCAUCGUUCAGGGCUUGCCUGGUCGCGCUCUGGCUGGUGGGCUUCGGUUUCGUCAUCCUGUGGCAGGGCACCUCCGUGGGCCGCGUGCGGCUCUACACGCGCCCGCCGAUGCCGAAGCGCGCCGCGGCGUCUUUGGGGCAGUGGGUGGCCUCCCCGCCCGUCUACGAUCUGAGGGAGUUCGGGGCCGUCGGGGACGGGCGGACGGUUAACACGGCUGCGUUCGAGUCUGCCAUCGCGGCCAUCGCCGAGAGGGGCGGGGGCAGGCUCACCGUGCCCCCCGGGCGGUGGCUCACGGCACCGUUCAACCUCACCAGCCACAUGACUCUCUUCCUCGCCGCUGGUGCGGAGAUCCUAGGGAUUCAGGAUGAAAGAUAUUGGCCAUUAAUGUCUCCAUUACCAUCAUACGGCUAUGGAAGAGAGCACAAGGGACCUCGAUAUGGGAGCCUUAUACAUGGCCAAGACCUGAAGGAUGUGACUAUAACAGGUCAUAAUGGUACCAUAAAUGGACAAGGUCAAAGUUGGUGGAUAAAAUUUCGGAGAAAACUCCUUAAUCACACAAGGGGUCCUCUGGUGCAGCUCAUGCGAUCAAGUGACAUUAUCAUUUCUAAUAUCACUCUUCGUGAUUCUCCCUUCUGGACUCUUCACAUGUACGACUGCAAGAAUAUUACUAUAUCAGAAACCACCAUCUUGGCUCCAAUUGCUGGAGCUCCAAAUACUGAUGGAAUAGAUCCAGAUUCUUGUGAAAAUGUGGUGAUAAAAAAUUGUUACAUUUCUGUUGGUGAUGAUGGGAUAGCCAUAAAGAGUGGUUGGGAUCAAUAUGGAAUUGCUUAUGGCCGUCCAUCUGCUAACAUUGCUAUUCAGAAUGUCGUAAUCCGCUCUAUGGUCAGUGCUGGAGUAUCGAUUGGAAGCGAGAUGUCUGGUGGCGUCACGAAUGUUUUGGUAGAGAAUGUUCAUGUCUGGGAUUCACGGCGAGGCGUGAGGAUAAAGACUGCGCCCGGGAGAGGGGCCUAUGUAACCAACGUCAUGUACCGGAACAUAACCUUGGAAAAUGUACGUGUCGGUAUAGUGAUAAAGACAGACUACAACGAGCACCCAGAUGAAGGCUUCGACCCAAAGGCUGUGCCCACCAUCGGGAAUAUUUCUUACACCUCAAUCCAUGGGCAUCGUGUGCGAGUGCCAGUCAGGAUACAGGGAAGCGCAGAGAUCCCUGUGAAGAAUGUUACCUUCCAUGACAUGUCAAUCGGUAUAGUAGACAAGAAGCACCAUGUUUUCCAGUGCUCCUUCGUCCAGGGGCAGGUCAUUGGCUAUGUUUUCCCCAUGCCUUGCAAGAACCUGGACCUGUACGACGAGCGGCGUGAGCUGGUUAAACAAUCAACGUUACAGAAUAUCUCUGAUAUCGACUACAGUUUUUGA